AUGCCUUCCUCCCCCCACCACCGCCGGCGGCUCCUCCUCCUCCUCCCCCUACUCGUCGCUGCCGCCGCGCUGUGGGGGGCGCCGGCGGCGGUCACCGGCGCGGACACCUGCAAGGCGUGGUUGGUGCAGUCCAUCCCCACCGACAUGCCGCACCUGCGCCGCGUCCCCGGGGUCCUCUCCACCGGAGAUGUACUUCAGUGGCUCUCGGGGAAUGCAACGAAGAGUCUGGACAUCCUUGCACAGUACUGGCAGUUCUUGUCUCAGCCAAACAAUCCGAAAUCAGGGGAUUAUGGAUUCUCCGAGAAUGACAUGAAGAGAUUUGGGGCUGAUGAGGGCCGCCUGGUUUACAAGGCAUUGGAAAAUGCUGCAGACCGGAAGAUCAAAAUCAGGAUUGUCCAACACUCUGGAGUUGCUCCUGAUUUUGAUCAAGAGAGCGCCGAUCUGGCCACAGGAAGACCAAAUGUUGAGAAUGUAACCAUUCUUUUUGAGGAUUGGUGGGGAUCUGGUGUUGUGCAUGCAAAGGUCUGGAUAUCAGAUGAAAAUGAUGUGUAUAUAGGGUCAGCAAACAAUGAUUGGAAAUCCCUUACUCAGGUCAAGGAGCUUGGGAUUUAUUUUGCUAAUUGUCCACAAAUAGCAAAAACUGUGGAAGUCUAUUUUCAAAAUCUUUGGACACUUUCAACCCUCAACUCAACUUCUUACACCAAACAAGCCUGGGAUAAGCAGUGGCAAGUUUCUAGAAAGGUUCCAUGUUGGUCUCAUUUCCUACAGCCAAAAGAAAGAUGCAGGUCACCCAUACCACUUUCAGUUGACAUCCCAUAUGUAGAUGGAUAUCCAGCUCUUGCAAAUCCUGACAUGAUUGAUGUUUCAUUUGAAACCCCUGGGUACAAGAAAUCUACUCAGGAGCACUACUUGAGCUACCUUUCCUUUGCGCCACCUGAGAUGACAUUUGGCAAGUUCCAAGCAGACGAGCAGGGUUGGGUUGACACUAUUAAGUCUGUUAAGUUUGGGGGAAUUGUACGAAUGAAUACCAUGGAUUGGCUUGGGCAGUCACAGUAUUCUACUCCAACAGUCUACUGGUCAUCUUUAUCGUCAACGAUCUCAGAGGUAGUAUUCUCAAAGAAUGCGACCGUGAGGCUACUUGUUGCCUACUGGGCACAUUUCAUCCCAAACACCGAAAAGUACCUGAAGAGCCUUCUAUACUCCAACAUUCUCUGUGCAUCUUCGACAUACAACCAUUGCGGUGGCAAGGUUGAGAUCAAAUACUACGUGGUUCCUGGGUACAACGAGACCGGACCUGCAUUGUCCCAAGGUGGCACCGCGACGGGGAACCGUUACCCUGGCUUCACCAGGGUGAACCAUGGUAAGUACGCUGUCAGCGACGUGAGGGCGAACAUCGGCACCAGCAACCUCGUCUGGGGUUACUUCUACACCACGGCUGGAGUCAGCUUCGGAACGUACAACCCCAACAUUGUCACGCAGCUGCAGGAUAUCUUUGAUGCAGAUUGGUAUUCUCCGUAUACCGUGCCCGUUGAACCGCUGGAAGAGUCUGUGUAG